CUAUCGAGAAGAUUCAGAAAGCCUUUGGAGAUGGUGCUAUUGGAAAAUGAUAAAGAAGAGAUACGACCGGUUCAAAGAUGGCCGCAGCUCAGAAGACAAGAGAGCCAUGUUCUUGGCAGACCAUCGACUAGAAGGAACGACGAAAUGGUUGGUUCGAGGAAUAGUCUAUGAAGACAGUAGUGUGACUAUUGAGGAGUUGUUGCCGGAGCUGGUCACUUAUAUUUUUAAGUCCCAUCCGUAUAAUAUAUGUAAAUCCAUCUGGCUUUUCAUCUUGUAUAUAAGAAGCGUUGUCUGUACCCUAAAUGUCCCUUGUCUGUCCUUGUAAUGUCUCCUCUAUGUAAACCUUUUUAUAGGUGAAUGAAGAAAUGUGUUGCCGAAGCUGGUAUCAGCCACACGUCGUUCAAGCAUUCCUCACCAAGCAAAACAAACCAUUUGUUCGUCAGACUUCCUACUCUCAAGACAUGGCGCUGUGUGACUUUUGGCUAUUCCCAAAGCUCAAGGGAAGAAGAUUUGGUACAACAGAGGACAUUAAGCAAAAUUCGACGGCACAGCACUGCAGAAUCCAAAAAAGUUAUUUUCAGAAAUGUUUCCAGCAAUGGUUGGAAUACUGGCAGUAGUUUGCAGACUCCCAAGGCUAAUACUUUGAAGAAGACUAAAUUAAAAUGGUUGUCGGCGAUAGAGUCCAGACGUGCUGUGAAGAGGGCAGCCAAAUCAACACAUAACAAGUGAACGUUCUGCCGGCGGUACCUGAUUGCAAGUUGAGGUAAGAACAAUUCUAUUUUCGUGCCCUUAAACCACAAAAAUUUCAUUAAAAACUAAUAUAAACUUUUAUU